AUGGCACCGGCAGGAAUCAUGGAGAGACUGAAGAGUCUGUACUCCAAGCAGGAUGAACCUGCCCUGUCAGAACAGACGGUCGCUUUUCUGUCUGUCCUUCUCACACUACUCUAUGUGGUACCAUUCUAUCUCUCCCCAACAACCCGCCCAUCCCCAAGUUUGAGUCGUGAUGCUCCGUCCGUGAUUCGCGCUCGCAUCCGCGCCGUCACAGGCUCAUGUAUCGUGAGCUCAGUCCUAGUUCUCUGGCUCAUCGUCUAUGAGGAUAAUUCCUCCGUGGGUGCCGGGGUCAGACUCCUCGGUUGGUGGCCCAUUGGCCUGUUGGAGACGCUGCGGAGUCUUUUCUUAACCGCCAUUUUAUUCCUAGGCCCGCUCUUCGAGCGUGGCAUUGUCGAGGGCGAGUGGAAGUUCUGGUUUCGUCCUAAUAGCCUCUCUGCAAGUCUGAGUGGCUGGAUUGGCUGGAGGAAUUUUGUCGCGGGCCCUUUCACAGAAGAAGUCAUGUUCCGAUCUGCGAUGGUCCCGCUACAUUUACUAGCACACACCUCGCCGGGUCGAAUCGUAUUCCUGGCGCCGCUGUAUUUCGGCAUCGCGCACGUGCACCACUUCUACGAGUUCUGUCUGACGCACCCAGAUACGCCGGCACUAGCCGCGCUGCUGCGGUCGCUCUUCCAGUUCGGCUACACGACUAUCUUCGGCUGGUAUGCGACUUUCGUCUAUUUGCGGACCGGCUCAUUGCUGGCCGUUGUUAGCAUCCAUAGUUUCUGUAAUUGGUGUGGAUUGCCGCGGUUCUGGGGACGUGUUGAGGCUGGUGAGACGAUUGGUCCUCCUGUGACUCGGAAAGAUGAUUCUGAUGAUAUCAAAAUUGGGGUGAGAGGUAACAGUGGGGGAUUGGGAGUUGGGUGGACGGUGGCGUAUUAUGUACUUCUCGUUGCUGGGGCGCUUGGUUUUGCUCAGGGGUUGUGGCCUUUGACAGAGUCUUAUCAGGCUCUGGUAUCGUUUUCGGGAAAGUCGAAUUAG